CGUAAUUUGACUAAAAUGGGUCAUUUUGCCUUACGACAACCGCCACGCCAUUGUCGUCUGCAUUAGAAUAUCGCUAUCACCACCCCAGCUUACGAUUCCUUCCAGUUCCACUUAUUAACCCAUUUGUCUCUGCUCUUCGCCGUGCCAAUUUGUCAUUUCUACAGCCGAUCAAAAGCGCCUCCUCCUCCUCCUCUUCCGCCGCUAACAACAGCCCAAACUUUCAGUCCGUGCGAGCGGCCUCUCCUCCGGUACCACCAACCAUGGUCAAAGCAAUUCGGGUUCACGAACUUGGUGGCCCCGAGGUUAUGAAGUGGGAAGAUGUGGAAAUAGGAGAGCCUAAGGAGGGUGAGAUCAGAGUGAAAAACAAGGCCAUUGGGCUCAAUUUCGUUGACAUCAACUACCGUAAGGGAGUUUAUAAGGCAUCCACAAUGCCCUUUACUCCAGGAAUGGAGGCAGUGGGUGUGGUGACUGCAGUCAGUCCCGGGCUAACUGAUAGAAAAGUUGGAGAUGUGGUGGGUUAUGCUGGUCUUCCAAUUGGAUCAUAUGCUGAGGAGCAAAUCCUUCCAGCCAACAUAGUAAUACCUGUUCCUCCCUCCAUUGGUCCAGUUGUAGCAGCAUCUGUCUUGCUUAAAGGAAUGACUGCUCAGUUCCUAGUUCGCAGUUGCUUUAAGGUUGAACCUGGACACAAGGUUCUUGUUCAUGCAGCAGCAGGUGGUGUUGGGUAUCUCUUGUGCCAGUGGGCAAAUGCUCUUGGUGCAACUGUGAUUGGAACUGUCUCAACCAAAGAGAAGGCUGAUCAAGCCAGAGAGGAUGGAUGUCAUCAUGUCAUUAUGUACAAGGAGGAGGACUUCGUGACCCGUGUGAACGAGAUAACAUCAGGUGAAGGUGUCGACGUUGUUUAUGAUUCUGUCGGAAAACAUACCUUUCAGGGAUCAUUAGAUUGCCUGAAACCUUGUGGAUACAUGGUGAACUUUGGGCAAUCCUCCGGUUUACCAGACCCUGUUCCUUUAUCCGCACUUGCAGCAAAAUCGCUAUUCUUGACGAGGCCUUCCCUCAUGAAAUACAUUGCAACCCGAGACCGGCUGCUGCAUUCUGCGGGAGAGGUCUUCGCUAACAUUGCGUCCGGCGUGUUGAGAGUUCGUGUGAAUCAUACGUAUCCCUUGUCUCAGGCGGCGCAGGCGCAUGACGACCUGGAGAGUCGAAAGACAUCCGGCUCUAUUGUGCUGAUCCCGGAUGAUAAUUGAGCAGCCUUUGUGUUGUAAACAUCCAACAAUUAAUGUCUUACACCGGCUAUCCUUUGUUGCAGUUGCUGAAUUGUGUUGUGGAGCUUAAUUUUGUUGCAGUUGGCGCUGAAUUGUCAGUACGUAAAUACUUAAUAAUUGCUGGCUUGUCAUAGUUACCAUCUUUGUUAUGUUGCAUCAAAAGUGAGGUUUGUUAUUGGGAUUGUUGUCUUUA